UGCACGCGGUUAUGCGACUCCAUCAAGUCCGAGAUUACUGAAACCAGAGAUACGGGUGCUGGCAAAUUUGUCGAGAACUUUCUCCUCAACACUAGCGCUUCCGUUCACGUUAUUUCUGUUCAUUACUGUGCGAACGUUUAGCAUUUUCCUGCACAGAACAUUUCGCGACGCACUGCUGCAUCGUACUUUGCUUCUCGGCAUUUUCGCUCUUCUAACGUGCACUUUCUUUUUUCGUGUGUAAAGGAUUUUUGCGCCUUUUCUACGUUCCUCGGAAAACCUUGUCAAGGCUCUACAAGACUUCUCCAUAAAAAGAAGUGAAGUCUGGUGUACAUAGCGCUGUAUUCUUGCUGUACGUCUUGCUCAAUCCCACAAGUUCACGCCACCCUAGCACGACGCAGGGCAAUCGGGAAAAAUGAAACGUAUUCGAAACGUUUGUGGAAACGCAACGCGAGCGCCGAAGGACGUAGAACAAAUGCGUUGGUAUGACUCAUGCGCUCUCAAAAAAUAGUUCCCCAUUCCGAUGUAGGACUCUUUUUCUGUUCUUAUAGAACAAAUGUUAAUGACUGCAAGAAUGAGUAAUAAAAGCUUGUUUCUAUUUCUGAAAUGAAAAGCUGGCCUUAAAUAUUGAUACAAAGAAAAGUACAGCGGGGUUACCCGAAGGCGUAGUGAUAUCUUUUGGUACCUGGCGGCCGUCGUCGGGAUGAUCAGCGGCGUGAAGAUGGCGGUUGUGAGUGCGCAAAAUAACUCGGACGGUGCUAAACCCAAGCACGGGAAAGUUAUUUUGUUAUUAGAGAACUGCAUAUUGCCGCCUGAGAGAUUGCUGUCAACUCCAUCAAACGCCGACGGACUGGAUAUCAACGCCGAAACCGACCUGAGGAUACUCGGAUGUGAACUCAUUCAAACGUCCGGGAAGCUUCUGCGGCUACCUCAGGUUGCAAUGGCGACUGGUCAAGUGCUAUUUCAUAGAUUCUAUUUUUCGAAGUCUUUCGUCCGUCACAGCAUGGAGAUUGUGGCCAUGGCAUGCAUAACACUUGCGUCCAAAAUCGAAGAAGCCCCCAGGAGAAUUAGGGAUGUGGUCAACAUCUUCCAUCACAUCAAGCAAGUUAAAGGAGCAAAAACCAUACAACCGCUGAUUCUAGACCAGAAUUACAUUAACCUCAAGAACCAAGUCAUAAAGGCUGAGAGAAGGGUGCUGAAGGAGCUUGGCUUCUGUGUCCAUGUCAAGCACCCGCACAAGAUUAUUGUCACGUUAUUACAAGUGUUGGACUGUGAGAAGAAUAUGAAGUUGAUGCAGGCAGCAUGGAACUACAUGAACGACAGCCUGCGCACGGACAUUUUCGUUCGGUACAGUCCCGAGACAAUAGCCUGUGCCUGCAUUUACCUCAGUGCAAGAUUGCUACAGAUUCCACUACCCAACCAGCCUCCAUGGUAUGCCGUCUUUAACGUUCAGGAGGAGGACAUCCAGGACACCUGCAGACGAGUUCUGGCCAUCUAUUGUAGAAAGCCCGAUUCGGAGGCCCUGGAGAAGAAGGUCGAGGAGCUCAAGAAGGCCCACCUGGAAGCCAAGCUGCGGGCCAAACUGGCCUCGGGGACCUCGACACCUACUCUUGGCAACGGCGCCAGCUUUUCACCUAGCUCUAGGAACAACUCACCAAGGCAGUCGCCCAUAUUAGACUCAUCAACAAAAAAGAAGGAGGAAACAAAACCCCCAGUUGAGCGAAGCCCCAGGGUGGACCGCACUGCCUCCAACCACAUUCCCGGAACGGGGACCAAGCGGAAAGCCAGCCCAUCAUCGCCGUCUCCUGUGCGUAGCCGCAAGGAGACUUCCCGCCAGGGACACUCGAGCUCGUCGAGCAGUGGCAGCAGCCCUCCCACCUUGGGAGCCCCUCUUGUUCGAGGGCGUACCCCGCCCCGGAGCUACAAGGAUUCUGGCUCUGGACUGAGCUCUCCUGUUAGAUCCAAGCUUGAAGAUGGACGGUCCAAAGACAGCUCCAACUCAAAGCGACACAGUUCCCACAAGCGCAAGAGGAGCAUCUCCUCGCGUUCCCGUAGCAGGUCGCCAUCACACAGGCAUGGCAGCAAGAAGAGCUCAACCAGUAGCCACCGGUCAUCACGCCACAAAUCGCCUUCUGGCCACAGCGAACACAACCACCGCCACCACCGCUCCUCGUCAUCUAAAAAGGAGCGCUCGAGAGAAGGCCGGAACCAUCGCACAGCCAUAACAGCCCGGAGGUGAAAGGAGGCCCCAGUGAGAGAUCAAGACACUUCAUCUGUAAAUAACAUCGCAGUGAGAAAAAGCAUCAGCCUGGAUGAGAGAGUGAAUGUGUAUGCGAAUGCUAUGUGUAUAUAAAAUGUAUAGAAAGAAUGUGUACAAAGAAAAAAAUGAAGAGCAUUUUCGUACAACAAA